CAUAGUGUGCAAAAUAUGGCGAGGAGUGUCCACAAAGCUGAGUUCACAGUGGAGCUUGAAGGUAUAGAUGCUGAAAUGACUGCUGCAGUGCCUGAGAGAAAACUGUACAGAGCGGUUGCUGUGAGCUUUGGACUGCUGUGUAUCCUUCAAGCUGCUCUCAACGUUUCCCUUCGUCUUGCUCUCUACAGUUCUGAUUGUAAGACACAAGACUUUGAGACCAUUUUAAAAAACCUAACUGAAGAGAGAGAUAAGCUGAAGAGGAAGCAGAUUGAGAUGAGCAGUUCUGAUGACGAGACACAAGACUUUGAGACCAUUUGCAAGAAUGUGACUGAAGAGAGAGACGAGCUGAAGAGGAAGCUGAUUCAAAUCACAAGUGAUCACUACUCCCAACUAGGAUGGAAGUAUUUCAGUGGUAGUUUCUACUACAUUUCCUCAGACAUGAAAACCUGGAAGGACAGUAGAGACGACUGUGUGCGAAGAGGUGCAGACCUGAUUAUUAUCAACAGCAGAGACGAACAGAUGUUUAUUGCAGGUUUCCAGACGGUCCUGUGGAUUGGACUGACUGACAGAGAAACAGAGGGGACAUGGAAAUGGGUGGAUGGGACUCCGCUGACUACAAGCUACUGGACCUACCAUGAGCCAAAUGGUGCUCCAGACAGAGACGAAGACUGUGCCGAAAUUAAGGACUUUUAUUUAAUUACCAGCUGGAAUGAUGAACCAUGUGACGCCCAAAAAUUCUGGAUCUGUGAGAAGACAUUGCCUCUAUAACUCAAUAUAUAAUCCCACAUGACAGCCACAUAACACAGUGCUAACAUAAUGCUAAGCAAAUUGCUGUAUGAAAAGAGUCUCAAUAACGAGACAUAAAUAUCCAGCUUGGUUCACUGUUUUGACUGUUAAUGAUGAAGACUGAACAUAUUAUUAAUGAACGACUGUAUGAAGCACCACGCAGUACGAUCUGACCUUGUGCUCAAGCUGCAUUAGGGGAACAUCUGAAUGGAAGUUACAUAGUGGACCGUUUUACAGUUCACAGUUGACAUCCAAUGACAGUAUCUAGUGCCCACAGAGAAAGCAGAGUGCUGUUUAUGAAGCGAGGACUGGAGUCACAUCUUGUCAUGACUAAUGCUCACUUUUUAAAUAACUUUAAUCACAUCCCCUCAAUUUGUAUUUCUCACUUUUUAUGUUUUUGUGAUUGAUCAUUCGCUUUCAGAUCCUUUUCUUUUAAUGAUGCUCACAGACGAUCACAGUUUUUUGUCUUAGAAAUUCUUGAAAUUAUUUUCUAUUGGACAUAUAUCAGUUUGUGAAUUUUCGUCUGCUGGUUAAUUUCUACAUCAGUUAUCCAUGUUUUAAUUCACUGCUGAAUAAAUAAGUU